AUGGAGGUGAUGAAGAAGAUGAUCUCUUCAGUAAACGAUGAAGAUCAAGAUGAAGUUUUGCUCCCUGGUUUUCGGUUUCAUCCUACUGAUGAAGAGCUUGUAGGGUUUUAUCUUAAAAGAAAAGUGGAGAAGAAACUAUUUACCAUUGACCUAAUCAAACAGGUCGAUAUCUACAAAUAUGAUCCUUGGGAUCUUCCCAAAGUUAGUAAACUCAAUAGUGUUGCAGAGAAGGAAUGGUACUUCUUUUGCAAGAGAGGGAGGAAAUAUAGGAACAAUAUAAGGCCAAAUAGGGUUACAAGCUCCGGAUUCUGGAAAGCAACCAGGAUCGAUAAGCCGAUUUACGCAGCCGUCGGCAGAUUUCAUGAUUUCUUAGGACUCAAGAAAUCAUUGGUUUAUUACAAGGGAAGUGCAGGAAAAGGCACCAAAACGGAUUGGAUGAUGCAUGAGUUUCGCCUUCCACCAAUUCAAGUUCCUACUGAUACCAAGAAUGACCACUUGCCAAAAGCUGUAAGUAUCCAUUUUCUUAAUUAACUGAGAUUAAUCUCU